AUGGACUCGUUUCACGAUGGCUCGCACGCCUCUCCUACCAAAGCCCGCCAGGCUGCUAUUCAAGCCAAAGACUGGGCAUACGUGAACUCCUGGUUAAGCCGGCAGUAUGCGCCUAAACCAGUGCCCCAUUUCGAACGCAACGAGGAUACCCUCCGGGUUCUCCUGACGUUAGCUGCGGCCAAUGAUGCCGCUGACGAGGAAGCAAGUCUCCAACACCGCGCACGCGAGGAAGCUGUCCAGACCUUCAAAUUACGUGAAAAGGCAGAAGCAAAGGACGCCCAUGAACAGCAGAAGAAUGAAAUUCUGGACGAAGUCGAACUGUGCCUUGACGAAAGAGGCAGAACCAAUCUAGACGAUCUUACCGAUGCAGGAGUUGCCCUUGGUAACACUUUGAAUCCUACACCUGAGGAUCUGAGCCAGUCGAUUGUCGAGCUCACAGCAGAAGAGUUUGACGCGCAAGAUCAAAUGGCAAAGGUGGAUAUGUUGCACCGAUACCUCCAAAAGGAGCUUGUACGGCUGCAGGACGAUCUAGACGAGCUCAGGUCUGACAAGGCUUACGAGACGCCUGCGGAUACUCAACGUUUGACGUCAGAGUGGGUGCGCGGCACGAAGGUGCUCAGUACGAAAGUUGGGGAAUAUCAAGACCGUAUUUCAUCACUCGAGCGGAAUCAACCACACGGCCCUACUAUUGACGAGCUCAUGGUGGAAGAAGAGAAUGUCAUUCGGCUACGGGAAAAUGUCAGGUCUCUUGAAGGUCGUGUGAAAGCUUUCCACGAUCUACCCAAGGACAUAUUAGGAGCUCGGGCACGAUACAAAGAAUUAGAGCGCGAGUUAGGCCAGCUUACACGACAGCGAGAUACGAUGUUUGGGAAUCUUGUCGAGCGUCGAUGA